UUUAAAAAUGGCGUCUUUAGCGGUUGUUUUUGGAGGUACUAAAGGAAUAGGAAGAGCUAUUGCUGAGAAAUUUUUGAAGGAAAAUUUUAGCGUUGUUGUUUUAUCUCGGAAUAAUGAUAAUGUUAAAGAAGCAAUUAAUUAUCUUCGGUCUAAAUCGGUAAAUAAUAAUAAAUUCACCGUGCAAAGGGGGUUGAUACUGUCUCUUUCAGAGCAAGAAUCUUACCCAAAUACCAGUCUUCAUCAAUACAUUUCAACAUAUUUAAUUAGUAAAUGGACCAGAAUAUUUUUAUACGCUAUGUUGCAAAAAAUGAUUGGAUACCACAAAUCAAAACAAAAGCUUUAUUGCCAACAACAUUAUUUCCUACUAUUACUGAAUUCAAAUCAACAAAAAGUAGAAGGAUUGCAAUGUGAUGUGAAACUUGAAGAAUCAAUUAAAAACUGUCAUGAUCACAUUGAAAAACAUAUCGGUUCUACUAAGUUUCUUGUUAAUGCAGCAGGAGUAAAUAUUAAUCGACUGCUGCUACAAACAGAUGAAGAAGAAUUGCAGCAAAUUAUAGAUACAAAUCUCAUAAGUUCUAUAAAAGUCUGCAAAACAUUUAUAAAAUCAAUGAUGAGGAGAAAGUCUGGAAGCAUUAUAAAUAUUGGAAGUAUUGUAGGACAAAAAGGAAAUAUUGGUCAAACAAUUUAUAGUUCCUCUAAAUCAGGUCUUGUAGGAUUUACAAAGUCUUUGGCUAGAGAAGUAGCAUCCAGAAAUGUAACAGUCAAUUUGAUAAUACCAGGGUUUAUUGAAACAGAAAUGACUUCAAGUCUUGAUAUAGAUAAAAUCAAAUCUUUUAUUCCUUUGAAAAGAACCGGAAUGCCUGAAGAGGUGGCUGAAGCAAUUUAUUUUCUAUCUACAGCAUCUUUUAUUACUGGAGAGACUUUAGUAGUUGAUGGAGGUCUUCAGUUAACAUAAAGAGCAUAAAAUAGGAAGACAUGUUUUCAUAACGUACUUCUUACAGCAAAUAGAAGUUAUUUGUAUGAACAUGAAUUAAAAAAUAUAAUUUUUACAUCAGAAUAUACUGUAUUAUAUGAAUUGGUAUUUUAUUACUUUUAUUAUUAAAUUAUUAACAAUUAGUAAAAUUAAUUUACUGAUCAGAGAAGUUUUAGUAGAAAUGAAUUUGAUCAUUACAUAGAAAUUCAAAAUAAAACUGAAUAUAUUUAUAUGAUUAAAUUGUAAUUAUUUAAAUUCAGUUAAACUUUUUGUAUAAUGAGAAACAGAAUUUAUUAUAUAGAAAAUUUGUUAAAAUGAAAAAUGUACUAGAGGUGAAAAGAAAACAGUAUAUUGUAAUGUUUUAUUCUUCCUGAAAAUAACUGUAAUUGCAUUAAUAACAAAAUAAAGUGUUGAUUGUACAUUUUUAUGUAGGGUUGCCAUAACCAAAUCAUAGAGGACAUUAAAAAUAUUGAUAAAAAAGCUGUAAAUAUUGAAUAUUUAUUUUAAUAUAAGUUUUAUUUUUUAAGAA